AUGAUAAGACAACUUGUGUUAGCAAAGAGAGCAUUUUCGGAUGUUCCUGUUACUUUCUUUCAUCCAACAGUCUAUGCAUUGUCCACUUCUUUGGCCCACAAGUCUGCAGUCGCCGUAGUCAGAGUCACUGGCACGCAUUCGAAAUACAUAUUUCAACAACUCACUGGAUCUAAAAAGGAUCCAAUAGAUAGAAGAGCGUCGCUGCGAACUUUGUAUGAUGUGACCCCCGAGACAAAGAACUUUUUGGACUCAUCGAUUGUCAUAUACUUCGCUGGUCCCAAAUCUUUCACUGGUGAAGAUAUGUUGGAACUGCAUCUUCACGGUGGUAAGGCCGUGGUGAAAAGUGUGCUGAAGGCAAUUGAACGUGCUGGUAAUAAGCAGGUUGGAAAAGAUGUGAGAUACGCUUUACCAGGCGAAUUCUCGCAGCGAGCUUUCCAAAACGGUUGCAUGGAUCUAACCGAAGUGGAAGGUGUUGCGGAUCUUAUCGACGCUGAAACAGAGACCCAGCGUCAAAGUGCUGUCACUGGCAUGAUGGGGAAAAAUAAGGAGGUGUUUGAACGCUGGCGAAGCUCAAUCGUAUCUAAUAUUGCACAACUCACAGCAAUCAUAGAUUUCGGGGAUGACGCUGAAAUAAACGACAUAGACACCAUACUGCGAUCCUGCGCACAAGAAAUGCGCGCCUUGGGAACUGAGAUCAAGCGUUUUCUCGAGAAAGUAGACCGCUCGAGCAUUUUACAGACAGGUAUAAAAGUGGCGCUUCUGGGAUCGCCAAACGCAGGUAAAUCGUCUCUGUUGAACUGUAUCACAAACGAUGACACUUCAAUUGUCAGCGAUAUACCAGGAACGACAAGAGAUAGCAUAGACGUACCACUCGACAUCGGUGGUUUUAAAGUUGUCCUCUGCGACACAGCGGGAAUAAGAGGAACAAGCAAAGACCAAAUCGAGUUGGAAGGCAUUAGAAGAGCAAAGGCGAAAGCUGCUGAAAGCGACAUAAUGAUAUUGGUCGUUGAUGCCACGUCUAACGAAAUUCUUACGCCAGAAUUGUGUGACCUAGUAAGAUCACAGCUAUCGCUCAAAGAGGUCAUUAUCGUGAUAAACAAGUCAGACGCGGUAGACUCGCGAACAAUCACAGAAGCGAGACGAAAAGUGGAGACGCUUCUGGGAGAUCAAUUGAACAUAAAAACCGUUUCGUGUCAUGAAUAUGAAGGGAUCAAGGGCCUGAUAGAAAAUCUUUCGGGAAGGUUUAGAAAAGUUGCAGACCUGACCCAAGAUGCGGAUCCUAUUGCAGUUUCCAAGCGUGUUCAGGAUAUUCUGAAUAGAGACGUGAUUGGAGGCAUCGAAGAUUUCCUUGCCACAACAGAGCUGGGUGAUGUAGUGAUGGCUUCGGAAAGCCUGGGAAGUGCAGCUGAGGGUGUUGGGAAAAUAAGUGGGCGAUCUGUGGGCGUAGAGGAGGUUUUAGGUGUGGUUUUCUCCCGGUUUUGUGUGGGCAAGUGA